AUGAAACCCACGAUCCUGGAUGUGGAGCCCAGGGCUGGAAGCGGAAGCAUAGACCGGGACGAAUUACUGAACGCCCUAAAGGCGUGCAUGGAAGAAAGCUCGCUAUCACUCUCAGCUGAAAACUUAGAAGAUCUUACGGACGCACUAUUUGACGCCGCGGACGAAGAUAAGUCCGGUACGAUCACGUUCGAGGAGCUCCGAAACGAGAUUGAGAAACAUCCGGGCGUUAUAGAGAACCUUACAUUCAGUUUGCGAGAGGUGGGUGGCUUAUGCCUGAACUUCAAUUGUGCCUGGGUACUCGUACUGAUGCUGCGCAAGUGUAUCACCUUUCUGCGCAUGAAACUAUGUCACGUGCUUCCGUUCGACCAGCAUAUUUUGUUUCAUAGGAUGACGGGCUUCGCAAUAGCGUUCUUUGCAGUGGAACACACGUUUGCACAUAUUGGCAAUGCUGUGGCCAUCACGGUGAUAACGCUGCUUGCUAAUGAAACCCAAGCUUGGGAGGUGCUGUUCACCACAGUUCUCGGCCAUGGGUUGGUCGAGGGCUCUGCCUAUAUUACUGUGAUCCUGAUGAUCAUCUUGAUAGUCAUCGUCAUAUGUUCUCUUCCGUUCGUAAGACGCAGCGGUCAUUUUGAGGUAUUUUACUGGACGCACAUGCUGUACGUCCCCUUCUGGAUCUUACUAAUUAUACACUGCGAUAUAUUCUGGAUGUUCAUUGUUGGACCCGGGGUAAUCUUUCUUUGGAAGAAAGUUUCAAGAUCAAAACUGAUAAAAAUGGUGCGUUAUGGAGAUACAUACAUCGAAGGUGUGAACUUACUGCCCUCCGGGGUCACUCAUCUUGUUAUCUCACGACCAACCAACUUCCGGUAUCGACCAGGUGACUAUGUCUUCAUACAAAUACCGGAAAUAGCAAAGUUCGAGUGGCACCCUUUCACCAUCAGCUCGGCACCUGAAAUGGAAGGUCACAUAUGGUUGCACGUUCGAUCAGCAGGACAUUGGACACGGAAGCUGUAUGAAUACUUCGACAAGUACGACGUAAAUACCGCACAAAACGCAGAUCAAAAACACCGAGGAACAUCGAACAAGUUUGUAAAAAUUGAACAGGCAUAUUCUCGCCAAAAUGAGGUGAGAAAAUCGAGAGUGUCCCGAAAGUCAAGCAACACACCGUCCAAAGAAACGCAUAAAGACGUCAAUAUCAAGUGUUUUAUUGACGGCCCGUACGGUACGGGAACAAGAGAAGUAUUUGACACAGAACACGCCGUGUUGAUUGGUGCAGGUAUUGGUGUCACACCUAUGGCCUCGAUUCUGCAAAGUGUCUGGUACAGAUUCAGCGAAAAAAGACAGACGUGUCCGAACUGCGACCACGUGUGGUACCCGAUAGACGAGGAGGAGAUGGACAUGAACUUGAAAAAGUUGGACUUUGUAUGGAUAAACAGAGAUCAGAAAAGCUUCGAGUGGUUCCUCACACUGCUGAACAAGCUAGAGAUGGAGCAGAGCGAUCAUUGCGGGCCCCUGGAAAAGUGCAUCCAGAUGCACAUGUACAUGACCGCAGCACAGAAGAAAACCGACAUGAAAGGCAUCGGAUUACAGAUUGCGUUGGAUCUAAUGUACGAGAAAAACAAGAGAGAUCUGAUCACGGGUCUUCGAACGAAAACAGAGCCAGGUCGGCCUAACUGGAAUAAAAUAUUCAAAGCCAUCAAGAACGAAAACAAAGGUAAGGUCAAAGUUUUCUUCUGUGGAGCGCCAGCACUUGGGAAAACAGUCAAAGAAGCCGCCGCGAAAUUUGGUUUUGCAUUCUCUAAGGAAAAUUUCUAAAACUUGAUAAUCAAAUUACUUCAUGUGUUCAUGUUUAAUCAAAUUUUGCGCUCAAACACUGUGUGAUUUUUAGACUGCAAGUUUUAUUUUCAACUGCAUGACGUUUAUAUCAUUAAAUACGUGACAAUCACUUUGAAAUGUGAACAACACCAACAUACCCUAUUGUUAACCGGCGAACACUAAAUUAAGAAAACUUGCAACAAAGUCUGAUGUAUCUGCAUAAGAAGUUCGUAAUGCAGAUCGUCGUAUGCACUUGAUUCGAAGUCGAUGUGUUUAUUGACCUGGGUACAACAAGGUGAAUUUGAACGCGAAGGGCCAUACUAGCCGUUUGUGUGAAACGUCAAUUAUAUUAUUUAUUAUUUUGUAUCAUUUAUUUAAUAAUUUUUAUGUGUUUUUUACUUUGUUUUAUUUGCUAUGUUCAUUGUAACCGUGGCAUUUUAGCACUUUUUAAUUACAUGUGUACGUCCUUUACUUACUAUUUUGUGUGAGCAUGCUGUUAUAUUUCAAUGUAUUUACUGUUCUUACGUUAGUUUGUACUAAAUGAACUUAUAUUUGGACAAUAAAACAUCCAUUUGCUAAUGCAAUAUUUGAACAUUAAUUAUUUGUUGUUUACUAGCAAUUAUUUAUUGUUA